ACCUUAGCGCAGCUAAGGAGAAGAAGGGAGAGGCGACCACUGCAGCGGCUACGGCUGCAGCAGCGAAGGCUGCAUGCAUCUGUUGGCCGUCCUUUUGAUGGAGGAGCAUCUUAUAAUGCAGCAGAAGACACAACAACACCUAGCACAGGAGAUACAGCUGCCACCACCAGCAGCAGCGACAGCAGCAGCAGCAGCAGCGGCAGCAGCACGAGCAGGAUGACAGACAGACCCACGGAUAGUGUAUAUAGACGUCGCAUGCAUGGGCCUCAUGAGGGGGCCCCUCCUACAUCAGAUUCAUCAUCAGGGGCCCAUGGUGCCCCCGCUGAGGGUAUGCGUAGUAGUAGUGUUGGGGGCCCCACUCCUACCUCCUCUCGGGGGGCCCCCUCAUCCUCUCGGGAGAGGGGCCCCUCUUCUAUAAGGAGGCCUCCUCCUUAUUGGCAGAGGGCCCUAUACCAAGGAGUGGCGAUGUUCUUUCUUACUGCAAUUCCUUCAUGGAACCCUAACCCUGAACUUCUUCUUGAUUAUGAAGAGGAAGAGGCAGAAGAAGAAGAAAGAAGAGGAGGAGGAGCAGCAGCAGUAGCAGCAGAAGGAGGAAGAGGAGGAGAAGAACAAAGGUUGUUAGAUGAUAUGCAACAGUUGCAGCAGUGA